AUGACCCAAUUCGUAGGUCAAAUAAACCUUCUUGUUGCUAUGAAAACCGAUUACUAUGAGCUCUUGCAAGUAGAAAUAACUGCUACUGACUCAGAGUUAAAAAAAGCCUACAGAAAGAAGGCUCUUCAGCUACAUCCAGACAAAAAUAGAGAUGAUGUGGAAGGUGCUACUGCUAGAUUUGCCUUGGUUAGAGCGGCUUAUGAAGUGCUUUCAGACCCACAGGAGAGAGCUUGGUAUGAUUCCCAUAAGCUGCAAAUCUUGAGGGAAGACGAAAUAGGCGAAACUUCCGGUGGUGGCACAUACGAUGAAAACUUUUAUGAUCCACUUGUGGCGGGUACAAUGGUUGAAGAAAUUAUGAGAUACUUCAACCCCACCUUGUAUGUGAAGUUGGACGAUAGUUUAGCAGGUAUAUAUAGUGUAGUUGGUAGAUUAUUCGAUAAAUUGGCUUCAGAGGAAGUCAGUCAUGGUAAGACCCAAUCACUAGAUGGGUUUGACAAGUGGCUCGAUGACACACCACAGGCUAACGUAGUAGAUCCAUCUUCAUUGUUAUACCCUAAAUUUGGUAGCAGUAAAAGUGACUAUGCCAAUGAUGUCAGGAAAUUUUACAGUGCAUGGUCUUCUUUCCAAACAGUGAAGGUCUUCCAUUGGAAAGAUGAGUACAGAUAUAGCCAAGCUCCAGAUCGUAAGACACGUAGAUUGAUGGAGAAGGAAAACAAGAAAUUGAGAGACACAGCAAAGCGUGAGUACAAUGAAGCGAUAAGAAACUUCGUGACCUUUAUAAAGAAGAGGGACCCCAGAAUUAAAGAGGGAUUGAAGCAAUAUGAAUUAGAAAAAAAGAAAAAGCAACAGAAAGAGUUGGAAGAACAAGUUGAAGCUGCGAGAGUGGCGAGGUUGCAGCAGUUGGCUCAAAAUCAGUCUGCUGGUGCUGUUCAAGAUUGGCAAAAGCUAUCUGAGAAGGAAUUAAAAGAGUUGGAAGAUAUGCUUAAAGAAGAAUAUGAAUUGAAAUCUGACAGUGAAUUCAGUGAUGAUGAUAAAUAUAAUGAUGAAGGAAGUGACAUUGAAGAUAAUCUUUACGAAUGUGUGGUGUGUAACAAAUUCUUCAAGUCCGAGAAGCAAUUUGAAGCACAUGAACUGAGUAAUAAGCAUAGAAAGAUACUAAGGAAAUUAAAAUGGGAAAUGAAACAAGAGGGUAUUGAGCUAGGUAUUGACAAAGAUGAUAUAGAUUUGGACGAAUUUGAAACUGCAAGUGAGAAUGAAAAUGAAGACUUGGAAAGCUUUGAUGAAGAAGAAAUUGAGCAUAUAUCUGAGGAUGAGGGUGCAGUAGAAGACAUUUUAAAAACCAAUGGAGAUAAGAGUACAGAUUUGUUAGACUUGCCAGUUGAUGAUGAUCUCGAUAGUGACUUGUCUCUUUCAGAUUCAUCAUUCACCAUUCCACUCCCUAAAUCGAAGAAAGCGAAGAAGAAGAAUAAAAAGGCUAAUAAAAGUGUACCUGUUCAAGAUUCAGAGGAAGAAGUAGAUGAUGAGUUAACAAAAUUAGCAGCAGGUUUGAAAAUAGAUAACUCUGACGAUGACUGGGAUAUUAAGAAACCAAAGAAAACGAAGAAAAAGAAAGCUUCUACCCCAAUGGAAGGCGAUUUGAAAGAAGCUGAAACAUCAGAAUCUCGUGCUUCAACGCCAAUACCUACUUCUUCGACUGCCCCUAAGAAGGCUGGUAAGAAAGAUAAAGGUACUAAGAAGGAGAAGAUUCCAAACGGCUCGGAAAUAUGUGUCGUCUGUGACGAAAUUUUUACCUCUAGAAACAAACUCUUUCAGCAUGUUAAGGUAACUGGUCAUGCAGCUGCUCCAACUAAAGUUAAGAAAAAGGGAAAGAAAUAG